AUGAAGCCGCAUCAGCAGGAGCAGGUCAUCGAGGCAUACUUCAGCCAGGAGAAAGGAAUCGCCUAUUCUUGGGGCCGGGUUCACAUGGGUGCCUGCGAUUUUUCGAGGGGGAACUGGAGCUGCGUGGAGCAGGAAGGUGACACAGAGCUCAAGAGUUUCAGCAUUGAGCGCUACCGGUCAGCCAUGCUGCCCAUGAUCAAGCGUGCACAGGAGGUCGCUGAACGGCCCCUGCAGCUGAUCGCAUCGCCCUGGAGCCCACCAGCCUGGAUGAAGGACACCGGACGGAUGCAAGCUGGCGGUAUUCUGAAGGAUGAUUUCAAGUCUAGCUGGGCACAGCACUAUGUACGCUUCGCUCAAGCCAUGCAAGAGGAGGGUGCCCCUCUCUGGGGCUUCACUGUCCAAAACGAGCCUCACGCGACCACGCCGUGGGAGAACUGCCUCUACGAUGGGAACAUGGAGCGCGAUUUCGUCCGCGACCACUUGGGCCCUGCCCUGGAGGGGAGUGGACUGGACUUGAAGCUGCUGGUAUGGGACCAUAACCGUGACGAAAUGUUUGCCCGCGCGCAUACGAUCUACAGCGACCCAGAGGCGGCAAAAUACGUCUGGGGGAUUGGGUACCACUGGUACGGCGAUCCUCGCUUCGAAUUCUGGCCUGCUCGAGAAGGCAUGACUCUCUUCGACAACGUGCGGAAGGUUCACGAGCUUCGGCCAGACAAACACAUCAUCAUGACUGAGGCAUGCCAGGAAACCGGGCCUCGAAUCGGGGACUGGCAGCUGGGCGAGCGGUAUGCUGAGGCGAUCAUCAAGGACCUGGAGGGAUGGCUCGAGGCUUGGAUCGAUUGGAACCUGAUCCUGGACGAGCGCGGCGGUCCGAACCAUGUGCAGAAUCUAGUGUCUGCCCCGGUGAUUUUCGACACGGAACGUGGCAAGAUGCUGUACCUCUCAUCCUUCUACUACAUCGGCCAGUUUUCGCGAUACAUCAAGCCCGGUGCACAGCGUAUCUCCACUAGCAGCAGCCGCGACAAGCUCGAGGCGACUGGCUUCGUGAAUCCAGAUGGCUCCGUUGUGUGCGUGGUCCUCAAUCAG